CACAUUUUGAAUUACAAAUACCUACGGAUUUCAAAUUUUUUAUGAGGAAUUGUAGGCAGCGCUUGGACUCCGACUUGCAGGCAGGAAGGAGGUAGGUAGCACACAUUAUAGCUGAUAGCACAUGUUUAACAGGACUCACAGAGAAUGAAAAUGACCCUUUCGGCAUCAGACAGAUUUACAGUCUUCUUGUAAAUGGUAAUGGAUGGUUUGUUGUUAGGCACCAGCAGGGAUUCGUUAUUGUGAAACCCACCUCGACAUCUCCGCCCAGAUACAGAAUUUGAAACAGAUCUGUUGUUUCUGAUUUCUGAUAGGAGGAGACCUCGGUUUCUCCGCCAAGAGGCGGAAUAAUCCGUCUGCGAACGGUGGGAGAAACAGGCUUCUGAUGUUAUCUGUCUGUCUGUUCUAUUGUUGGGCUGGAUUGGGUAUGGUGAAGAGUACCUCGAUUUCAAUGUCUGCAAAAGGAAUCUAAUUUCUGCUAGAUUGAGUUUGUAUUUUUGUUGUGGGGCUUCAACGGAGAUCAUCUCGAUUAAUCCGUUGAUAGACGGUAGCUGAUUUUGGGAUAAGUUGCGUUCGUGGUUUUGGCUAUGGUGAAGUCCACCUCGAUUUAUGCAGCAGAUAGGAUCAGAUUUCCGUUAAAUUGUUGAGUUUUUUGGGCUAUGGUAAGCUCAAUGCAGUCGACGGGAAACAGCCGAGGGGCACCGGAGUCAUCUCCAGGAGGACAGCUAUUACAGGAGUUGGAGGCUUUGAGCCAGGCUUUGUACAGAACAGGAAGCGCAAAUCUUCGUCAACAAGCGGGGAAAAAUCCCCAACCGCGUAUCAACCAGGCUCUCUCGCGGUUUCCGUCUACCAAAACUCCCGGAUUCCCAGCCGCUUCCAAAGCAGAAAAUCAGAACAGGAAACAGGAAAAAAACGCUGCUGAGAAAAAAAGCAGCCUCUGGGACUGGAAACCUUUACGAGCACUUGCUCAUAUAGGCCGCCAGAGGCUGGGCUGUGAAUUUUCUCUGCGCGUACACGGCGUGGAAGGGCUGCCCGCGAAUUUGAACGGCGUCAAUUUGUGCACACAUUGGAGGAGAAAAGAUGGUGGCGUGAAAACCAAGCCGGCUAGGGUAUUUAAUGGUGUGGCGCAGUUUGAAGAGACUCUGUAUCAUAAAUGCAGCGUUUAUGGCAGCAGGAAUGGGCCGAGCCAGGCUAUGAGGUACGAAUCCAAGUUUUUUGAGAUUUAUGUGAAUGUGUUAGGGCUAGAAGAGCGUGAGUUGUGUAGGCAUAAGAUUGAUCUUAGCCGUAUGUUACCUGAGAAAUUUGAUUUGGGAGGGGAGGAAGAAAGGACUGGGAGUUGGACAACGAAUUUCAAGCUCACGGCCAAGGAUGCCCGCGGCGGAAUUUUGGUUGUGACGCUGGGGUAUAACAUACUUGAUCGUGAAAUGGGUGAAGCUCCAAACUCUAACAAUCCCGGCCGAAUUUUGAGAAAUUCAAACCCUAGACUCCCUUCCAAUCCUAGAAAUAGCUCAAACUCAAGGAACUCUUCAAAUCCCAGAAGAGCAAGUGUUUCCGAUGCUUUGGAACAGAAGCAACAGUUGAGGAAAUCAUCAAUUGGGGUUCUGGCGAGGAAGCCAGUUCACAGCACUGGUUCUUUGGAGCCUAUUUUGAUGCUGGGAAGGCCUGAUGAGGCUGAUUUUGAUGUUGAUAUUAUUGAUCGGAUGUCUAACUUGAGCUUGGAUGACAGUGUCAACGUGGAUAAAGAGCAACCUGAUGUGAGGAACAUGGCUUCGCUGUUUGAUUUUAAGCCUAGGCUAAAGUUGUUUUCUCAGGCGGUUGUAGGUGAUUGCAAGUCUGGACAGGUUGAGGGGAGCUGCGUGGAGGAGGAGAACGAGGAGUUUAGUGUUAUUGAGAAAGGGGUGGAGAUUGCGAAUGCGCAUUCGGGAAAUGAGAAAGAAGAUAAGGGUGAUUUUAAGCUGGACAAGGAUGAAGGCGGCAAUGGAAUGCUGGAAAAGGUUUUUAACAAUAAUGGUGGAAAAGGAGGAGAGAAAGAGGAUGAAGAGCUCUGUAUGGCAGAAAGCCUAAAUGUCGUGUCUGUAAAGGAAACAGGGGCAGGUGAUUCUCAAUUGGAGCAGAGUGUAGGUCACGAGCAAAGUGCUGGACUAGAAGAUAAGAUAGCGGAUGUGAAUUCAUGCGAGAUGGGCAGUUUAGAUGAUGUAGCUGAUUCAGUCGCAGGGGAAUUCCUUAGCAUGUUGGAACCUGAUAAAAGUCCACUUCUUAUGAGUUCAGACAGUGAUCCUGAUUCCCCCAGAGCACGACUUUUAAAACAGUUUGCAAGAGAGAAUCUUUCAGAGGGAGGCAGCAUUGGACUUGGACUUGGUGCUGGCAAGGAAGUGGAUGAUGGACCGAGCCAUUUGUCUUCACUUCAGAGAUAUGGUACUGGUUCCCAACCAAAUUGGGAGUCGGAUGAAGAUACGGAAUUGGCAUCAAUUGUACAGGCUGCAGAAACAGAACUUCAGAAGGCAGCACAGACCAUUCGCAGUAAAACCCGAGCUAAGAUACUUGAGGAUGCAGAAACAGAGGCACUGAUGCAAGAGUGGGGUAUGGAUGAGAAAUUUUUUCAGAAUUCUCCUCCUGAGAAGUCUGGUGGAUUUGGAAGUCCCAUGGGGUUUCCUUUUGAGGGGCCUGUUGAGCUGCCUGAUCUUGCUGAAGGGUUUGGUCCCCUCGUCAAAACAAAAGAUGGAGGGUUGCUGCGUUCAAUGAAUCCACUUCUUUUUCACAAUAGUAAGAACAAUGGGAGCUUAGUUAUGCAGGUGUCAAAUCCUGUUGUGGUUCCUGCAGAGAUGGGCUCAAAUGUUACUGGUAUAUUACGCCAUUUGGCUGCUUUUGGGAUUGAGAAGCUCACAGCUGAAGCUAAGAAAGUAAUGCCUCUUGAAGACAUCACAGGCAAAACUAUUCAGCAGGUAGCAUUGGAAACAGUGCCUUCUCUGGAAGGAUCCAAAAACAGGCAAUCUACCUUGCAAGCCCCAAGAGCAGAGAAAGGGACAAACGGUGACAUGGUACAGCUGGCUGAAAGUAGGAGAAUGGAUGUUUUAUCAUAUGGAGCAGGAAAAAAAUCACGUGCUUCCAAGUCCUCGUCCUCCUGUAUGAAUGAUACACACACAGAAUAUGUUUCACUUGAGGAUUUAGCUCCUCAGGCAAUGGAGAAGUUAGAAGCUUUAUCUAUCGAGGGAUUGAAAAUUCAAUCAGGUAUGUCAGACCAGGAUGCACCUUCAAAUGUCAGUGCUAUGACAUUGGGAGGGGUGGCAGCUUUUGAAGGAAUGGAUUCUAAUAAAAGGGGCAGCUUGGGUCUGGAGGGCACUGGUGGCUUGCAUUUGUUGGAUACAAAGGAAAGUGGAAAUGAUUCGGAUAGCUUAUUGGGCUUGACAAUUACACUAGAUGAGUGGAUGAGAUUAGAUGCAGGAAUUGUUGAUGAAGAAGAAACAAGUGAUAGAACAUCAAAAAUCCUUGCUGCUCAUCAUUGUGCGUGUUCUGACUUAGUUGUUGGAGGGGCCUUUGAAGGUGAAAAGGGGGAUAAAAGCAGGUGGAAACAUGGUACUAAAAGGUGGGGUUUUAUGGGAAACACGUUAACAAUAGCUUUGUUGGUCCAACUUCGGGAUCCUCUUCGAAAUUUUGAACCAGUGGGUGCUCCAAUGAUGGCUUUAGUUCAAGCAGAAAGGAUUGUAGUUCCUCCGAGGCCAAAAGUGGGGAGGCGAGUGUCAGAUAAAGGGAACAGUGAGGAAAUUGAUGAACCUGAACCUGAAAUUGUGAAGGAGGAGGUCUCGCAGUUUAAAAUCACUGAGGUCCAUGUUGCAGGUUUGAAACCUCAGGAUGAGAAUAAGAAAACUGGCUGGAGCAAUGCAAAACAACAGCAAUCUGGUUCACGAUGGCUGGUUGCAAGUGGGAUGGGUAAGAGUACCAAGCAUCCUAUGCUGAAGCCAAAACAAGGGGCCAAAUCAAUGCCACCGUCGAAGAUGCAAGUGAAACCUGGGGACACUCUCUGGAGUAUAUCUUCUCGAAUACAUGGAGAUGGGGGAAGGUGGAAGGAAGUUGCAGCACUUAAUCCUCACAUAAGGAAUCCUGAUGUAAUAUUCCCAAAUCAGACCAUCAGGAUUCGGUAGACUUGUUUAACUCUCAUAAUGAAGAGAAAUAUGGCUUUCUCUCUAGAGAUUUUAUAAAUUUCAUUUAUGUUGCCAAUUGUUUUAGCUUUAUAGAAAUAUUAUGAAGGCAGCUUGGAGUUGUGCAAGGGUGGAAAAUGCUCUGUAAAUAUAGUUCGAUUGUGCAUAGCACGGAAGUAUUAAACUGUGUUCUGAUAUGUGCUGUUUGGGAGCUGUUUUGGAUGUUGAUUGCCUGGAAUUGUAAAUUUAAAAAGUUUUGUUGCAAAUGGUGUGGAGGGCUUUUACAGGAAUAAUUGAAGGUUGUAGAUGUUCUAGCAUGAGUAUGCUGAACUCUUAAUGAAGAUGGAUCUUGUUCAUUAUCAAACAGCAGUUUCCUUUAAACAUCAUGAAUUUUAGGUAUGUUGAUGGUCCCUAGCAUUUUACAUCCUUCUAGUAAGAAGAUACAUUUAUAGGGAAGGACAAAUACAGAAUUUGUUGUUUGGAUUUUAACAAUAGCAUGGCCAAUUCGACUGUAAGUUUUGUUGUGUUGAGUUGGCUUGGUUUGAUGUGUUUUCUGGAAAUGAGAGGAGAAUUUGGAUUGCAACUCCAUGACAACAUAAAGCUUGUUUCAUCUGGAGAAAUUGAAUUUAUUUGUUUGUG